AUGAAUUGCUGCUGCCCAGCCACUGACGCAGAUGAGCUAGCCAUGGACCACUGGAAGCACAUAGGCGCUGCCAUUCGGAUUUGCAUCCACAAGGGGGAGAAGUUGGCCACCAGCAGCAGCCCGUAUUGCGUGGUGCGCCUGGGGGAUGAGAUCCAGAAAACGGCCGUGGCAACAUCCAAAGGCCCAGAUCCAGUGUGGGAUCCUGAAGUCGUGGAGCUGCCGUGGGACGCGCAGGACACCUUGGAAAUCACCCUUCGGGAGCAGGACUCGGGGGUCUUCCGUGAAGACCGGAAAGUUGGCGUCGCGCAUGUGAACGUAUCAGCUUUGGCGCGGAAGGUGCGCUAUGCAGGGCCGCUGAAGGUGUACCGGAAUGGUGCAGAGGAGACGGGGGCCCUGAUGGUGGACAUUGCUAGCAAGGAACUGUCCGCCCUUAACCCGACGAUGCUGCUGCAGCCAGUCUUGGUGAAGGUGCACAGCAAUGGUCUUAUGGGCGCUGUUGCUGCUUUAGCCGACUAUGAGGCCCUGGAUCUCUUUAAGACGUAUCGAAUCGUCCUGCAACAGACUGGCGCACGCUUCGGGGACAGGGUGAACGCCAACCACGAUGAGGAGCACAAGAAGCUCUUCAGAGAUCCACUUCGCAAGGUGGUGCAAGCCGAGCACGCGUCGCUGUAUAGUGACUGGGCAUAUCCUCAUCUCACCUUCUGGGGCGGCAAGCGGUACGAGAAGGUCACUCUCAGCACAGGGAACGACUUUCUUUCCCUGGUAGGGAAUGGCGUUCGGAAGGGCAGAAGGCGUGUUUUUACUUACGUCCUCCUCGAUGAGGGCAUGUUCUUCUCAGAAACAGGCGCCAACAUUGCAAAGGAUUUCUUCAGCAAGCAUGCCGUGCACGCGAACGCGUCCCCGGGUGUUCGGAUGGCUGGGACUUUCAGGGUGUGCGAAACGCCUCAGCGGCAGCCGGUGGUUGUCAUAGACAACGAUUCUGGCACGUACCGUCCGCGAUCGGAGGACCUGGUGAUUUUGAAAGAACUUCUUGAGUUCAACUUUCCCGGCAUCGUCGUUUGCGUGAUGCCCUGCACGGAGCCGCAGCUGGAGGACGCCAAGGCCUUCUACGGGCCAAACGAGUCCAAGGGAGAGAAAGGCUGCGUGUACAGCGGCCAGUGGAAGUGGCAGGUGGAGUCGGAAGAGGAGCUCCAAGCAGCAUCCAUCGAGGCGCCCCACAGCGUCUGGGAGUGGAAGAACCGCAGCGGCUGGCAACGCUACGCUCCUGAGGACGAGGCGCUGCUCUGCCGGCUGCAGGCGGAGUCCCGGGGCCAGGCCGUCGAGACCUCCAAGUUCUCAUUUGGACAUGGCAAUUACCUGCUGGACUUCACGGAGGGCUUUCAGACGAAUCAGCGAACAGGCCGAGUCCGGGAGAUCCGGCAGAUCUUGAGUGGAAGCUACGUGCCUGCCUGGGAGAUCAGUGAAGGUGGCGUGCAAUGGAAGGCGUGCAGCUUCCACGAUGCCAUCAAGAUUGAGGAGGCGUACCUCGCCACGCCUUUGACCGCUAUUCUGACUCUCAAUGGAGUGGAGCACGUUUUCGACUUCAAGGUCAUGACUUGCGCGAGCACUGAGAUGCUCAUUUGUCGGGCGAGUACCGAAGCAUUCGUCGCCUUGCAAGUUCUGGAGUUUGAGGGUCUUUUUCCGGAGAAUGCCCGCGCGGCCAAAGCUCCGCCGGAAAGGCCGAAGGCCACGAGACAACGCCAUCUCCAGGCUCAGCGCAACUCAGAAAUGCCGUUGAUCAGUCGGGCGCGGGGGCGCGGGGACGGGGCAAACCGCAACCGCCGCACGGCGUGUGAAGGUCUCCUAGAAGAAGAUCUCGAAGGCCGGGAGAUGGGAGAGAUGAAGGCUGCGGAGAAGGCUGAGAAGGCCGAGAAAGUGGAGAAGGUGGAGAAGGUGGAGAAGGUGGAGAAAGCCGAGAAGGAAAGGACGGAGAAGCUGAGGUCCGCGUCUGGUCCUCCUGCCAGGGUUCUUGAACCAGGUGAGGCAGUGGAGGACACCAAUGUGGCAAUCGUGCGAACUGGUGGUCCCAUGAACACGGGCGACCUGACCUACCAAGCGGAGAUUAUGGUUCCACAGGGGGGCGAGAACCAUUCUGGGCGGCCACGCGUGAUGUGCAUUCGCGGGCCAUCCAGACCUUCGAAAGAGCGGGCCUUGGAAGAUGCUGCCAAGCUCACGGAGGCUGCACGGAAUGACCCGAAAACGGUGCGGGCCUCGUUCAGCCCAGUGGCAGGUGUUGACUCCGCGAUAGCGAUAUUCGUGGCAUGGCGCACCCGUCGUCUCAAGUGGCUUGCGAAGGCCAAGCGCAUUAGCGUGCAUGGCGGCGCUGGAGUUGCCCCCGGGAAGGGCCCCAACCCGGUCGAUGGCAACGGCCGGCAUCCCUCGCUCUCGGCAUUGCACUAUGGCGGCGUGCCAGAUGCAUUGCCAGAGGGGGCCGCGGUGAAGUGGCUGACGUACUGGCUGACGCGGCGGAAUUGCAAGAGGCUCCAGCAGCUCCAGGGUUUGGACGCGUCAGAUACGCUUAUCCCUGGUCCAGUGUACAAGCACAUGCUUUCGAGCCUGCAAAGCAGCAUCACUUUAUUGUAUUUCAUUGCCUGGUGUGGCGUCCUGAAUAUGCAGGGUAACCCUGUUUGGUGGGCCAUGAACCAUGCCUGGCACCACCAGCAUUCAGACACGCCAAGAGAUCCCCACACACCCAGAGAAGGACUGUGGACAGCGCAUGCGGGCUGGUUCUUCGAAAAAGAGCGAAUCUUGUCCAAAAUGCCGGAGGCGAUUGUGGCAGCACAUAACUCGAGCUCGUCGCAAGACUCGCAGAGCUCAGACUGGCGAUUGAUCCCUUGGUUUUACAAAGAAUCCCCGGACUUCUAUGACUGGCUGCGGCAGAGCUACUAUCUGCACCAGAUCUUUCAGGUCGUGUUUUUGUAUGCGCUGGGCGGCUGGGGCUUCGUGGUGUGGGGCUUCGUGGUGCGGCUUUUGCUGGGCAUCCACUGCGUCUCGGCCGUCAACAGCUUCGCCCACGUCUGGGGGGAGCAGCCGUGGAGGACCGGGGACGAUUCCAAGAACAACUUCCUCGUGGCCAUGGUCUCCUCCGGGGAGGGCUGGCACAACAACCACCACGCCUUCCCUCGAUCCGCAAGGCAUGGCCUGCUGGAGGGGCAGUUCGAUCUCACUUACGCCCUUAUACAACUCCUGGAGAAGCUGGGGGUGGUUUGGAGGGUGCAGCUGCCUAGCGAUGCCCAACUGAGAGCCAAGUCGCGUUAG